UUUAACCAAUCAGAAGAAGGGGACCUUUAUUCAAUAACUUCAUUUUCAUGACCGCGAAAAUAAUCGCCUAAAUGUAAGUUUCGUUUUGCGCUUUAAUGUAAAGCAAUAUCGUCAGUUAUUUAUGUAUUUGAUGUCAGUUGUUGACACGUAUUUAUUUGAGGACCAAACACAGUUUUUGAGUGACUUGUUGUGUGAAUGUGAACAUGGUAAAACACAUUACAAAACGCCUGAUCUAUGAAAGAAUCGAGACCAUUUACAGAUCUGCAAGUGACAGGGAGGUCGAGGCACAGAGCUGCUUCAAGUUAACCCUUGAGUAUUGCUUGAGUCGGGUGGGCCGCAUGCAUUCCGAACACUCAUCCAAUAGGAAGAGGGAGGGACGGCGGGCGACUGGGAGUACCAGCGCCUGGGAGAGUGCCAUUCAGCGUGGCCGCUGGAGGGACAAACGAACGUCAUCAGCGGUGUUGAUCGGCAGCGAGGACAAAGAUCUCAUCGAGCUCAUCAAUGAUCAGUCGGACAUGGAGCUGGCAGCCGCCACAGAAAUGCCUUUAGUUGAUGCGGCGGUGUUGGUGAAAGGUGGCGACGAGGAGACAGAGUCCACAACCAAAGGUCUAAACUCUGGGCAUGACUCUUCUAACUGCUCAAUGGACGGCCUGUGCUCGGGCCCCUCCUCUCCGAAAGAGGACCCCGAUGUGGGGCGAAGCUACGCCCAGGGCCUGUGUCUCUGCUGCCAGACGCUGUUGAAGAGGGCAACACACAGCUGGCCUUUAAAGGCCAAGCUGCUGGAAACUGACCCAAAAUCCUUAUCCUGUGACCAGUGGGUGUUGAAGAAGAGGUGGAAAUCGAGUGGGCGGCCGGUUCUCAAGAGUAAGCUUCAGGGUUGCUUGAAGCGGAUUCAGAGAAGACGGAGCGAUGUUUACAACGUCAUGCAAGGCCAGCCGGCCUGCUCCAGAGCACACACUUUUCUACAGAGGAACCUGAGACGCUGCACCAAGGCGUCGGCCAGGAGGGGGAGGAAGAGGAAGCGCACGAGUAGAAGGAUGGAGGAGACGACGACGACGAUGGGGAAGAGGGCCAGGUGCGACCCCCACCAAAAAGAGCCUAGCCCCACCGCUCCCCACGGUCAGAGCGUCGACAACCCGUCGCCUCUCGAUAGUCUGAGCGAGGAGGAGGAUGCUGAGGCGCAGGACUCCGCCCACAGCUCCCUGGAGGUGGUCCCCUCCCUGGUCGCCAUAGAUUUCACGGUCGACCAGAAAGCGGGAGCCAGUAAGGGUGGUCCAGCAAAGAGGGGCGGCUUCAAGGACCUGUUGAUUCAGUUGCGGGGUAACAGCAGCAAGAUAGUGAGAGAAACAGAUCACCAUUGACCACCAUGGAAUGGUGUUCUGAUGGACGUGUUCGUGCGGAACAGUGUUUUCACUGAACGCACCGUUACCUUGGUGUUCUGAUGGACGUGUUCGUGCGGAACAGUGUUUUCACUGAACGCACCGUUACCUUGUUGUUCUGAUGGACGUGUUUGUGCGGAACAGUGUUUUCACUGAACGCACCGUUACCUUGGUGUUCUGAUAGACGUGUUCGUGCGGAAUAGUGUUUUUCACUGAAUGCAUAACUGUUCGUGCAGACAUAACUGUUCGUAACAAGGACGUUGUUAUGGACAAAACCGUCAACUGGGUGAUCGGAAGAAGUGUUUGAGUGGAAUAGCAUUGUACAUUACCCCACUGUUACCAUGGAGAUCUGAUGGAAAUGUUUGUGCUGAAUGGACUUGUAAUUGACUGCACUGUUACUAUGGUGAUCUGAUGGAAGUAUUAAUAUAGAAAACCGUUGUAAGCAUUAUGCGUUUCUGUGUUCUAAUUCGACUCAGAUCUCAGAUAUAGUUUCGGGCACAUCAAUUACAUACAUUUCCCUAAUUUGAUUUUUCUUUUUACAAGAUUUACCAGAAGAAAAACGUUUUAUUUUCAAGAAAUAUAGCAAUUAAUAUUAGGCAACUUGACAUCGCAUCAAAAAUGCAAAGCAAAGGUAUAACAUGUUGAACCAGAAAAUGGCAUAUUUGUCUGUUUACUUGUGGCGUCCUCUUGACCGUUUGCUGUCAUCCGAACGACCACACGGUGGCGCCACAUGGCAGAAAUCCAAUAGGAGAACCUUCAGGGUCGUUCAGAUCACAGUCACUGCAUUGACUGUUCCGACCCGUUGCUGCCAUACGUCAACGUUGCCGCCAAAUUUGAUAUGCAAAGACGCCGGUAAACGAAUUGAAGAAAACGGUUGAGCUGCUGGAGUCCUGAUGGAUUAAAAGCACAAACGUUUCCAACGAAAUUCAAUGAUUCGUUUUUAUAUACAUAUUUAAUAAUUUAUUUAUAUAAAACAUAAAGGUGAAAAAUAAGAGGUGGGUUACUCCUCAUAUAUUCAUAUAAAAUGGGUAUUGUAUAUAUUUUAAUUUUUUUUCCAUCAUAACCCCAUGAAUAAAAACGACUCAAUCCUUUGGGAAAUGUAAACGUUGUAGUGCUUUCUAUCAAUAAAAACCGAAGCUCCCCUG